AUGGCGACCAAUGUUACGAGGGGAGUAUCGCUGUCAUGUUUACUGUGUUUAAAGGAAUACAAUAUACCGAGGACUUUGCCGUGCCACCAUACAUACUGUGAGGAAUGUUUGAAACACUACAUCGAAAACCUUUCUGGUGCGGAGUUUGUAUGUCCUGUUGGUUGCAAUGUGGUGGGAACUAUAGACUCCAGUAUACAGAUGGACGAGCUGAUUAAGACAUUUCCUAUCAACGUACUGUAUGCUUCGCUCGCCAAGUCUGCACGCCUGGACGAACGAGAGUGUGACCACUGUCCAAACCAAACCAUGGCCAGACGUGCAACGAUGUGGUGUAAAAACUGCGAAGGGUCAUUGUGUAGAGACUGUACUGUCGAUCACCGAAAACGACGGAUAUCUGUGAAUCACGACAUCAUUGACAUCGCGAAGGAAGGCAACCACGUGGUUGAGUCUUUUAGAGUAGAAGUGAAUUGCCCCUGUCACAAAGGAAGGCAAAUUGUUUCGUUCUGUUCCGUUCAUUCUGAACUAUGUUGCUCGGAGUGUUGUAAAACACGUCAUGUCGGCUGUACAUUAUGGACUAUAACUGACGCAUCGCAGAGACAAGUCGCUAAUAUGAACUUUGAGCAAAUGGCUAGGAAAAUAUCAGAUUUAUCAAAUAAACAGAAAGAUAACAUGAAAGAGUUGGACUCACAAUACGAACAACAUCUUGUCUCGAUGAAUACUCACAUCAUGAAUGCGAAAGACAAAUUAGAUACUUUGCACAAACUAUUCCAGGUAAAAACUCGGGAGGAAAAGAAGGCAAGGAAACGCCAGUUGGAAAUACUUCAGCAGCAGACACGGAUGUUCCAGACAGAGCUAGAAAAUAAUUCCAAGAUUUGUUCCUCAAUAACAAAGGGAAUUUCUCAAAACCAAUCGUUCGUUGUGUUGACACAAAUCAGGGAGCAGACCAGAAAACAUUUCGAAGCCAUACAAUACAUUCUUGACGGUUACAUCGAUGUCAGGGUCGACCUACAAAUCACAGACACGAUAGAACAUGUAGAAUCUCUGAAGUCUGUUGGCGAGGUCACUGAGACGCUUUACCAGUCUGUCGUAUUCAAAGAUGCUUUAAAUACUAUCGAGCAUGAUUUAAUAUCAGAGCACUCAAGUUCUUCGGAUUCCUACCCCAAAAACGAUUCUUCAUAUUGCAGCAUGGACCUCCCGACGUCAGAACACUUCUCAGAAGAGACAACGGUUAAACAUAUUUAUCCAGAGCAACAAUUGGUGAAAACCCCCAGGUUAGGGGUUCCUGGUCUUCCCCGACCUUGUGUGCCCUCAAGACCGGAGUUAGUUCUAGGAAACACCUUAAAAUGUGUGAUAAGUGUCAAGUCAUCUGAUCUAGGAAAUCGCACCUGGUUAACUGGAGGAACCUAUCUCCCGGACGGUCGGCUGAUAUUAGCUGACUUCGGAAACGGACAAAUCUUACUUUGUGAUGAAAGAUACAAUAUUAUAAGGAAAGAAAAAAUGAAGGUAGGGCCGCAAGAGAUAGCUUACUGUGAGGUACAAAAUGCAGUUUAUGUCAGGACAGGCCCACAAAUUGUGAAAUUCAGCCUCGACCCAUUUGCAUUAAGACAGAUUGGAACAAUUGAGCUUCCUGCUGGAACAACCCACCAAUGCGGUAUAGCAUUAUAUGAGGAUACUCUUGUCGUAGGCUCGCUCGGAUCUGUCCUACUGAUGUCCAGGGACGGUAAGGUGCUGAGGGUGAUUAGACGGCAGGGAAAGCCGUACAGUGUUACAAUCUGUCGUCCUCUUCAGCGGUUCUGUUACAUGCACAACGACGAUAUAGUUUACUGCUCCAUGAACGGCGAUGAAGUGUCCAGAUACAAUAGAAAACACUACGAGUGCAAGAAAGUACGUGGAAUGGGCUUCGACAUGUACGGCCAUCUGUACCUAUGCUGCUUCACUCAACCAAGAGGUUACAUAUACCAACUACCACAGACUGGACAAAAAGGGCGUGUCCUUUCGUAUCAGGGCAGCAUGAAACGCCCACGGUUUGUCAUGUACCAUCCCAGGAAACAAGAAUUCAUCGUGACGUCAUUUCAAGAACGUGUUGCCUUCGAAGUUGCCGUGUUUGAUUGA